AUGGCCCUCUCGGGAAUGCGGCAAAGGGUGGGUGGCGGUGAUACGCCGGUGGCAGUGGCGGCAGUAGUGUGCGGGUACUUGUACCGGUGGGUACUCUUUAAUGUGGUGGUGGUUGUUGGUGUCAGUGGUGCUGCCGGCGGCGGUGGUGGUGCUGGUGGUGGUGGUGGUGGUGGUGGUGCUGGUGAUGGUGAUGGUGGUAGUGGUGGUUUAAAUUUCAGCCGCGUGCACGGGUUCACCUACGUGAGCCAUUACACGGGUCCUCGGCUUUCUCGCCGACGAGCGAGGCUGUACGAGCGGUCACGGUCCACGGACGCAAAUUCUGCCCACCUUCGUCGCACAUUCGCAAUCGACCGAAUCGGUGGGCGCGACACGAGAGCCGAGGGGAAUACGCGCAACGAGAUGCCAGCUUUCGCACCGUUCGCGCCGCAACCUGGGAGAUACGUCAGCCUGCCGCGCGGAGGACGUUCGUGGAAGCGCUCGACGGUUUCGCACUUUCCUACUAAAUCAGCCGUUAACGUCCCUACGGAUGCGAGAGGCGCAACGAUCUACGAUCGAUAAGCGUCCGCGGAGCAGCGACUCAAUUCGACCGUCGUCGUUGUCGUCGUCGAUUCGUUCGUCGACGUCAACCGACGGUGGAACAGGACCGAGAAAGAGAGACAGAGACAGACAGAGAGAGAAAGAGAGAGAGAGAGAGAG